UAUCCUAAUUUUCGGCCCCGUCAGUACCUCUUGGCUGACACGGUCUCCACAGGGUUUUCCCAGGGUGUGCACCCCGCCAGGGUCCCUGAGUGGCAGGGUACGUACAGGGUGUGGGAUCAGUACCCUGGCAGGGUACCCACCCUGCCAUUGGGUCAAGCCUGCAGCGUAGUCUUCCAGGGUGACCUUGACAGGGUGAAAUCUCCCCACCCUGGCAGGGUAGCCGAAUGGCUACAGCCCGCACGUGGGCCGGUGCUUCUGUAGGAUGGCCGGGAAAGAGCUUGCCCUACCCUUCGCUAGAGCUAGUGGAGAAUGCGCUCUCAACAACUGCGAAGGACGAUUUCAACGGCCAUGCAAGGGCGUUCGAGGCCGCCGCAACUUGGAACGGAGAGAGACUCCGUCACAGACAAGACGAAACCCGUGCGCCGCACCUAUGUUGUGCCGAGUACGGACACGGACGCGAGACUUUCUCGCGGCUGAAGCAGUUCCUGUCGCCCGAGGCGGUGCGGGUGGUGUCUCACUCUGAAGACCUCGGGGCUUGUUUCUUCGCAUCAGCUUCCCAUGCUCAAGCGUCCGCGAUAAUAGAGGACCAGGAGCAGUUCGGGUUGGAAAGCUUUUCGCCUUUUCCGUCAGCGUUGAAACUUGCACCGGGGCUCGUCGACCACAGCCAAAGGCAUGACAAAGAUAAGGAAACGACAACAGGGCUGGACAGACUGAGUGCGAGACAUGGCGCACGGAUGCGCAUGUCGAAUGUGGAAGGCUUGAGCAUCGAGCUCACGCCUGGUACUUUGGCCUCACGAUCUGUGGAGGCCGAGGCUUUUAUCAGCGAUACGCUCGGGGAUCUGAUGUUAGCAUCGGUAGACUUGCACUCGACCAACUUUUGGUCUGAUCAAAAUAUGGGCGGGGGAGAACAGCUCUCUUUUCCUGGGGGCGCUGUACGAGCGAGAGAUUGGAGCAAAGCAGCCAGUGUUGUGCACGAGCUCAGCGAGGCAGCAGGCACGAGCCCUGGAGAUAUCUGCUCAUGGAAUAGGGUUUCUGUGCACCAUGCCGAAGGCGACGUGCUAUUGGUGUCAGGCCUGGACCACCUCCUGCACUCCGGUAGGGGCGCGGGAGGACGAAGCGACGGAGGGGAAUCAGCCGAAUUGCAUAUUGCCUGUUUCAUGGGACUCGUGUCCUUCCUCGCGAGCAAGCCGGAGGUUCUAAGAGUUGCCCCCAGGCAAUCACAAGCACUGCUGAACGCGUCCGCGCGGGCCAACAUCCAAAGUGCCACGGUGACAGAUACGCCGCUCACGGACGCAGGGUUAGAUGGAACGGGCCAGGUCGUCCAGGUGAUCGACUCAGGGGUCGAUGAGUCUUCGUGCUUUUUUGCUCACGACGAGAGCGGCGACCACGUACCCCACGGGCACUAUUUCGAGGAGUGGGGAAUCAACCCGCCCCUGACCUCCUCCUCCUUCUCCUCGCCUACAAGUGACGACGACGACUCGCUGGGGUGGCCGCGGGCCACCGACGACCACCGCACAGGCUCGUACUACCAGAUCGCGGAAGAAUUCGACGGUGGGGAUUUCACCAUCUUCCCCGAUAGACGCAAGAUCAUCCAGUACAUCAAUCUGAUCAAGUCAGACGACACCGAGGGGUCACACGGCGAUUCUUUCACCACCUCUCUUGGGCAGCAGUAUCCCUGGCUUCCCGCAGAUCGCUUCGAGUAUGACUAUGAGGCCGGCCAUGGCACUCACGUCGCCGGAUCGGUUGCGGGGGCUACGCUGAACACCCCGGCAGAGCUGAUUUCGUGCAAGGAUACGGAGACGAUGAGCUGCGUGGGUGCUUGCGUCGAUGACGACGAGGCGAAUGACGUGGAUGACCUCGCCACGCCCAACGUCGAGAUCGUAGAUCUUGACAGGCUUUGCCCGCUGUUCUCUGACUAUGACUGUGACGUGCUUGAGACGGAAAAGUGCUUGAGUGACGAUGUCGCUGAGACCCUCACGAACAACGGAGGCAUGGCUCAGGGCGCGAAACUCGCAAUUUUCGAUGCGUUCUACGACAAUUUCGGUCUGUCCCCCUUUGUCGGGAACGGCUUGUGGGAGCCGUGCGCGGAGGCUGACUGCAAGAUCCAUUCCAAUAGCUAUGGGGGAGAUUUCGAGUGCUCGUUGGGACCGAACGAUGUGCUGUACGACGGAUGGAUGGUUUCGAAUCCGGAGAACCUCUUGAUUUUUGCUGCAGGCAAUGACGGCGAGCGACGGCGGUCGACGUGUACGAUGAGUAGCCCCGCCAUCGCCAAGAACGUUCUUGCGGUCGGGGCGUCGACGUCCGGUGACACCCGCUUGUCCGCCACUCCAGGCUUGGGCAUAGACACAGUGGCAGUGUUCAGCUCGUACGGACCCACCUCUGAUUCCCGCAUCAAGCCGGAGGUCUUGGCGCCUGGCGAUGCGAUCUACUCCGCCGCCAGCGAUGGCUCGAUGGACUCUCAUUCGUGCCGCCUGUGGGCGUACGCCGGGACGUCCAUGUCCACCCCGAUUGUUGCCGGAGCAUCGGCAAUGAUCAGGCAGUACUUCAUGAACGAGACGUUUUUCGCCACGGACAUGACGGCCAGGGGGUUCUGCGAUGAGUGGGCGGGUUGCGAGGCCUUCUCGCCUUCUUCCGCAACGCUAAAGGCGUUGAUGAUCAACAGCGCGAACCUGAUGGGAGGGAGCAGCGAGCCAGAUGGCUCUCGCGGCUUCGGGCGCAUCCACCUCGAGGCAGGGAUGCCACUAAGAGGAGAGGGAAGCUUGGCCCUCUUCGUGUCAGACUCCAACUACACCUCGAUCCCGGAGCGCACUCGCCAGGAAUACAACUUCGACGUGAACGCCACCGCUCGCCUGGACUUGCGUGUCACGUUGUCGUGGCUCGACCCGCCUGCCACCACAUUUUCGGCGGUGCAGCUGGUGCACGACCUAGAUCUGGUCGUCAUUUCCCCGAACGGCACGAGAUACACCAUGUGGGCCUCGGGGGUGACGGACUCGGCGAACGUCAACGAGCGGGUGAUCGUGGACGCGGGUGAUGUGGAGACAGGAACCUGGAGCGUAUGGAUCUGGGCCGACAACCUCACCACCGACGUGCAGAGCUAUUCGCUUGUCGUGAACGGGGCCAUAAGUCCGGGGACGGGCGUAGGGGCUAUUGAACGGUCCUCUUCGACGUCUUCGACGUCCUCGGACGGGGUCCUUGAGACUCCCCCCCGGUGGGAAACAGGGCUUAGUACCUCUGAUUCUGAUACUGCGGACACGUACACCGAGCCUGAGGAAAUCACUUCGUCUGAUUUGUACUGGGACACGGAAGCUCCAGUUGACGCAGAGAGUGGUCAGAAUGGAGCGCGCACAGCUGUGUCCGCCUGGUCAAGCUUGUGCGUGUGGUUGAUGUACGGUGUCCUGGCGCCCCUUUCGGCCAUUGCUUUAGCCACCCUGUCUUGAAGUGUGUUCUCGAAACGGCGGCGUAAGUCGACCAGACCCCUUUUGGUUGUAGUACGCAGCUGCUUCUAAUUUUGACAGGCGAAUUUGCGCCGUGGCGUGAGACGCUCGCUUGCUUUUGUAAGUUCAGUGCAUGGAUGUGCCGCUGGUGGGAAACAAAUGUGUCAACGUUGAUCGAUGUCGUCCAGGUCCAGAGAGUGUUCUAGGUUUAGCCAGUGCCUUCAGAGUUUGUGCGUUUGAUUGUUCCCGGCCUCUCAUCUUUAUCUGUGAUAAAUUUCGUCACGACGCACCUAACGUGGUAGUGUUUAUGCUGGAGCUUGUAGCACAAGUGCGAAGUUGUAGAAUUAAUGACCGGCAGGGUAGCUCCCAUCGUGCUACAUUUCUUUGACAAGCACUACGCAAGGGAAACCACCGCCGGACCUUGGCAGCACGGCUGUGUUUUUUCAAGGCGAUGGUGAUGUCUGACCCUUGUUCGCUUUCGUUCUGUGUUGCUUGGUUUGUUUGUUCACCUUCGCGGUGGGUACACUAUUUUUUGCACGUCGUGGUAGGGCCCUCUGGCAGGCGAGAUUCCCGCUCCUUCGCUUAUUCGGGUAGUUGUUACGGUAUGGUUCGAGGCUUGAAGUGGGUGGAUACGCGAACGGCCGCAGGUACGUGUAUAGCUCUACGGUUGCGCGCUACUGUGACAUUAUUCGCUCUUCUUGCUGUUUUCGUUGGUGUUGAGCUUGCUCCUGUCAACAUUCUUCCUUAAGCUUCUUUGGCGCUGUCACCUUUCUCGUCCAAUGUUUUAAUAUUGGCGUGUUCCGGUUGUGUGUGUUGUGCUGCCGUCGAUCGUAUUGGGCAUUAAACUGCGGGGGUAGAAGAGAGCAAGUAUGUUCUUGACUGUAGGAGCGUUUCUCAUUUACUCCAUCGGUGCUAUAAUUCUGCUCCAGUCGGCCAUUGUGUACAUCAUGUUCGUACUUUUUCAUCGUUGAUGGCAGAAUUGCAGACAAAGAUCUACAGUAGAGUUCAUUCUGUGUGGCAUAUGUUGCCUGUGCAACAGGAACAAUAUUCAGUUACGCUGUAUUGACAAUAGUUCCCUUGGUUUUAUGUGCUUGUCUCCAAGCAGAAAAAAUUGAAGUAAUGAAAGGCCACCUACAGAGAGAAUAAGAGGUAGAGACAGAGAGAGACAGAGACUGGCGGGCGGACGGGCGUAUCGGAUCUGGCGCUACAGGACGAGCCAGUUUCAUUUACGUCUGUAACAAACAUCAAUUGCAGCCUGUUUUGGUGUAGUGGUCAUGACACAGGUCGUCAAGGGGGUGUUGUGCCUCACCUGUUCCUCUUUUUCUUUCAAUGUCUGUGCGCGAAGUGUGGGUGUUUUGCUAGUAGCAUGGGCCCGAACGCAGUGGAUGUUGAAGACGAAAUCGUAUGCAUAUCCCCAUUUGUGUGGGGUUCC